UGUGCAACAAGUAAAACCACAGCGGGCCAGAGUGUGUUGAAACACACACAAACAACAUUUACAGGAACACUUUCUUUUGACUUCUUCUUUGCUGUCACCUUGUGCUCCUUCAACCACGAGCUGCUUGAAGUCAUAACCUCCUCAACGUCCAUGCACGCGAAACGGCGGCACUGAGUGUCAGAAUGAGAUGUCGUCUCAUAGCGGCUCCUUUGUGCAAAUCAACUUCGAUGACAUCCACUUCUUCGAGAACUGUGGCGGCGGCAGCUUCGGAAGCGUGUACAGGGCCAGAUGGAUCAGCCAGGACAAAGAGGUGGCGGUGAAAAAGCUGCUCAGGAUUGAGAACGAGGCGGAAAUCCUGAGCGUCCUCAGCCACCGCAACAUUAUCCAGUUUUAUGGCGCCAUCGUUGAGGCUCCCAACUAUGGAAUUGUUACGGAAUAUGCCAGCAAGGGAUCUCUCUACGACUACCUGUCCUGUGCUGAGAGUGAAGAGAUGGACAUAAGCCACAUUAUGACCUGGGCUACAGAGAUUGCCAGAGGGAUGCACUAUUUGCACUCAGAGGCCCCAAUUAAAGUGAUCCACAGAGACCUGAAGUCAAGGAAUGUUGUCAUCACAGCAGACAAAGUCCUGAAGAUCUGUGAUUUUGGGGCCUCCAAGUUUCUGACCCACACGACUCACAUGUCUCUAGUGGGUACCUUUCCAUGGAUGGCGCCCGAGGUCAUCCAGAGUCUGCCCGUGUCUGAGACCUGUGACACCUUCUCCUACGCUGUGGUGCUGUGGGAAAUGCUGACUCGUGAGGUACCAUUCAAAGGACUGGAAGGCUUGCAAGUGGCUUGGCUCGUUGUGGAGAAAGACGAGAGGCUAACCAUCCCCAGCGGCUGCCCUGCCAGCUUUGCAGAGCUGAUGAGGGACUGCUGGAGGACAGAUCCAAAAGAGAGGCCGACGUUCAAGCAGAUCCUGUCUACUUUGGAGUCCAUGUGGAACGACAGCCAACUCUCCGAACAGUGCAACUCUUUCCUCCACAACAAGUCUGAAUGGAGGUGUGAGAUUGAAGCCACGCUGGAGCGGCUGAAGAAGCUGGAGAGAGAACUGAGCAGCAAAGAGCAGGAGCUGAAGGUGCGGGAGCGCCGUCUAAAGAUGUGGGAGAGCAAACUCAUCCAACAAUCCAACAGCCCGCUGCUGCCCUCUUUGGACAUCUACACGUGGACAGAGGAGCACGUGUACUUCUGGAUGCAGCAAAUAUUCGGUGCAGAGGAGAGCGCGUGUGGCAUGCAGCUGUACGCCGACCUCUUUCAGGGCAACCACAUCACCGGAAAGAGGCUCCUAUUGCUCUCGGAGAGUGACAUGCGGGAUAUGGGCAUCAAGUCCAAAGGUCAUGUCAUGCACCUGAAGAAUGAGAUUGAGAAGCUCACCAAUGAUUACCUCGGCCUGGUCCACUUCCCACCAUUGCUCAAGGAUGAACUUGAAAACCAGGUGGACAGCAGUAAAAGUGUCAACCUAGAACUGGUGUUUGGGUACCACUGGAAGCCAGGGACUGGAAGAUCAGACUGCAAGUGGAAAAUGUUCCUGGAACUGGACGGAGACGACAUCGCCAUAACUUACAUCAAGGACGUCAUGUUCAGCAGCAACCGGCAAGACGUGGAGCCCACGCGGAUGACCAAGCCGCCAUUUGUGAUGGACAAGUGGAUAGUUGGGAUACAACCCAACCAGAGACUGGACUACACUGUCAGCUAUGAGAACACCGUGAAGUCGCCAAGGUCAACGAGGCACAGCUGCUCCAUGAUGUGGAGUCCCACUGGCGGACAGGAUGACAUCAAAACCGUGGCCCUUGUGAUCCAAACAGCAGCAGCAAGCGUUGACGUGAGCCCCGGGAGGAUAAAGUCUAACUCUGGCAUCGAUGAGGCUUGGAUGCGCAAAGUAAAGCGGCGGCAAAUAAGCAGUCAGGAAAAGCAGCAGAGCGGCGCGGCGCUCUCCGCCAUGACCAGCUCAGAGGCCCGCACUCUCCCUCAGUUCCUGUCGGCGCAUGAAAGCCAAGCGUCUUCGUACGCGGCGGCGGCGCGGCGCUCGCCCGUCCACGCCCGCCUCGCCCCCUGGAAUGACUCCCGCAGCUCCUCGCCCGGCGCCGGCAUCUCGGCCAAACUGUACCCGCUCCAGCUGGGGUCAAAGGGCAGCAGCCCGGGCAGCACCACGUCAGAGAGCGCGUCCGAGAGGGAGCGGCCGCUGAGCGCCGGUGCGCUGCACGCGUGCAACAAGGAGGUCUUCUUUGGCGGCCGGGGACGAGGCAACACCAGAGGAGGCCUAAAUAAAAGCCACAAAAGCCCUCGCCAGCCGGGCAGGCCGCGCUCCAACAGUUGCACUUCAGCACCUCAGAGCCGCCCGCGCAUCAUACCGGGUAUUUUGCCCGUGAGCGAAAACUCCAGCGAAGAAAGCGAGGCGGCCAAAGCGGGCUCUGAUGGCGGCUGGAUCAAAGUGGAGCGCCACAAAAGAUUACCGCGCCAGGACAAUAAAGCAGUCCGAGGUCGGCCAAGGAGAGGAGGGCGAGGAGGACGCGGGGGCAGAACUUAAAUGUUCUGAAGGACGCUGUGUUGACCUUGUACAUACAGUUUGAAACACAGCAGUAAUGUUCCAAAAGGCACUGAAUUACACAACAUGUUUUUACUCUUUUCUAAACUGGCUGCUGUACAUACAUCAUUUAAAGGCCUACUGAAAGGAUUUUUUUCAAUUUAAACGGGGAUAGCAGAUCCAUUCUAUGUGUCAUACUUGAUCAUUUCGCGAUAUUGCCAUAUUUUUGCUGAAAGGAUUUAGUAUAGAACAACGACGAUAAAGUUCGCAACUUUUGGUCACUGAUAAAAAAAAAGCCUUGCCUGUACCGGAAGUAGCGUGACGUCACAAGCUGGAGUGCUGCUCACAUUUCCCUAUUGUUUACACCAGCAGCGAGAGAGAUUUGGACCGAGAAAGCGACGAUUACCCCAUUAAUUUGAGCGAGGAUGAAAGAUUUGUGGAUGAGGAAAGUGAGAGUGAAGGACUAGAGUGCAGUGCAGGACGUAUCUUUUUUCGCUCUGACCGUAACUUAGGUACAAGCUGGCUCAUUGGAUUCCACACGCUCUCCUUUUUCUAUUGUGGAUCACGGAUUUGUAUUUUAAACCACCUCGGAUACUAUAUCCUCUUGAAAAUGAGAGUCGAGAACGCGAAAUGGACAUUCACAGUGACUUUUAUCUCCACGACAAUACAUCGGCGAAGCUCUUUAGCUACGGAGCUAACGUGAUAGCAUCGGGCCCAAAUGCAGAUAGAAACAAAAUACAUAAACCCCUGACUGGAAGGAUAGACAGAAAAUCAACAAUACUAUUAAACCCUGGACAUGUAACUACACGGUUAAUGCUUUCCAGCCUGGCGAAGAUUAACAAUGCUGUUGCUAACGACGCCAUUGAAGCUAACUUAGCAACGGGACCUCACAGAGCUAUGCUAAAAACAUUAGCUAUCCACCUAUGCCAGCCAGCCCUCAUCUGCUCAUCAACACCCGUGCUCACCUGCGUUCCAGCGAAGGACGGAAGGACAAAGGACUUCACCCGAUCAUCACGACGGUCGGCGGCUAGCGUCGGCUAGCGCGUCAGCUAUCCAAGUCAAAGUCCUCCCGGUUGUGUUGCUGCAGCCAGCCGCUAAUACACCGAUCCCACCUACAACUUUCUUCUUUGCAGUCUCCAUUGUUCAUUAAACAAAUUGCAAAAGAUUCACCAACACAGAUGUCCAGAAUACUGUGGAAUUUUGAGAUGAAAACAGAGCUUUUUUGUAUUGGAAUCAAAGGUGUACCAAUACUUCCGUUUAACUAGUGACGUCACUCGCAUACGUCAUCAUAAAAAGACGUUUUCAACCGGAAGUUUAGCGGGAAAUUUAAAAUUGCACUUUAUAAGUUAACCCGGCCGUAUUGGCAUGUGUUGCAAUGUUAAGAUUCCAUCAUUGAUAUAUAAACUAUCAGACUGCGUGGUCGGUAGUAGUGGCUUUCAGUAGGCCUUUAAAUAAGACAGUGUAUAUUUAUUAAAGUGACUAUAUCCCCAAAAGUUGUUUCUGUUGAUUGUUUAUCCAGCCCCUUUAACGUCAUUUAAACAUAAGUUUAAAAACUUGUCUUCAAAUUCAGUUCCGACAUAUCAACCGAUACCGAUAUAUACAGUCGUGGAAUCAACACAUUAUAAUUCCUAAUUUUGUUGUGAUGCCCCGCUGGAUGCAUUAAACAAUGUAACUUUACCAUGAAUUGAUUAACGUGGACCCCGACUUAAACAAGUUGAAAAAGUUAUUCGGGUGUUACCAUUUAGUGGUCUAUUGUACGGAAUAUGUACUGUACUGUGCAAUCUACUAAUACAAGUUUCAAUCAAUCAAUCAAUCAAAAACAAGGUUUUCCAAAAUAAGAGAACAACAUCAACUCAAGUUAUGGAAAAAAAUGCCAACAUGGAACUGCCAUAUUUAUUAUUGAAGUCACAAAGUGCAUUAUUUUUCUUAACAUGCCUCAAAACAGCAGCUUGGAAUUUGGGACAUGCUCUCCCUGAGAUAAUCACCCACUACAACUAUGGGAAAUACUACACUUUGACUUUCACAAAGUGCAUUAUUUUUUUUUUUUUUCAAACAUGCCUCAAAACAUCAGCUACAAAAACAAUGAAGGCACACAGCUUCAGUCCAGAGUAUACUAGAGAAUACUUGCCAACCUUGAGACCUCCGAAUUCAGGAGAUGGGGUUUGUCAUUCUUGUUUGGUGUGGGUUCACAGUGUGGCGCAUAUUUGUAACAGUGUUAAAGUUGUUUAUAGGGUCACCCUCAGUGUGACCUGUAUGGCUGUUGCAUAAAGCCGUAGAUAUUACGUGAUUGGGCCGGCACUCAAAAGCAGUGCCUUUAAGGUUUAUUGGCGCUCUGUACUGCUCCCUACGUCCGUGUACACAGCGGCAUUUUAAAAAGUCAUACAUUUUACUUUUUGAAACAGAUAGCGAUAAUCUUGAAA